AUGGUGAUAGACUAUGCAUUGUUUGGUGAUGUAGUUUGUUUUGACACCACUUAUAGAAUCAACAAUGUUAAUCGUCCUUGUGCUCCAAUAAUCGGGGUUAAUCAUCACAAGGAAACUGUUGUUUUUGGUGUGGCAUUGCUUUAUGAUGAAACAACAACUUCUUUUGAAUGGUUAUUCACAACUUUUCUUGAGGUUAUGAAAGGAAAGAAACCAAUAACCAUAUUCACAGAUCAAGAUGCAGCCAUGGCUAAGGCAAUAGCGAAGGUAUUUCCUGAAACUUAUCAUCGAAUAUGUACAUGGCAUUUAUUCCAAAAUGCUCUCAAACAUCUUGGGCAUACUUUUAAAGGGUCAAAUAAGUUUGGUGCUGAGUUCAAAAGUUGCAUGCAUGAUUUUGAAUACGAGGAAGAUUUUAUUCAUUCGUGGAACUCUUUAUUGGAAAAACACAAGCUCCAAGAUAACAAAUGGUGUUUGGAUACAUUUCAAGAAAGAAGGAAAUGGGCAAUGGUUUAUGGUAGGCACACUUUUUCAGCAGGUAUUAGAAGCACUCAGUUAUGUGAAAGUUUCAACAGUCGUAUGAAAUGUUAUGUGAAGCCUAGAUUCAAUGUGUUGGAAUUCUUUACAAGGUUUGAAAAAUUAUUAGAUGAUGUGAGAUACCAAGAAUUGGAAUCUAAUUAUGAGAUGAGUCAACUUAAACCCGCAUUGAAGAUGAAUGUUCCUAUUUUGAGAAAUGCUAGAGAUAUAUAUACAUCUAAAAUCUUUGAUUUAUUUCAGCAAGAAUAUGAGAAGUCUUUGGGGAUAGUAGUUAAAACAUGCAUUGAAAGUCCACCUUUGUAUGAAUACAAGUCAUGCUCUAAAAGUUCUUGA